AUGUUUUCGAGCACCAAUAUAUAUGAAGUUGUUCAUUACAAUGAAGGCUUUCGUAUGAUAUUAAAAAAGUAUAAUGGAUCAAUUCCUAAUGGUGAUCGUGGUCGUCGAAAAAGUAAAUUUAUUUUAAAAGAACGAUCACAAGCAAACGGUUUAAAAGCGUUAGGUCAACAUCUAUGUAAAAACACUGCAGAAGUACAGGAGCUGACAACCGCUAACGUACAUUCAAUAGCCUACACACUAUCGAGAAAUCAAACAGUUGUCGUGCAAUAUACACGCGAUGAAGAAACAGAUAUGUUCCAAGUUGGUCGAUCACCUGAAAGUCAAAUUGAUUUUAUCGUUAUGGAUACUGUUCCCAAUGCGAAAACGUCUGAUGAAUUAAAUAUCCUACAAAGUACAAUAUCCAGGUUUGCUUGCCGAAUUGUUGUUCAACGAAAACCGCCAUAUACAGCAAAAAUUUAUGCAGCUGGAUUCGACUCAUCCAAAAACAUUUUUCUUGGAGAGAAAGCAAUUAAAUGGAGAAAUGAAAAAAAUGAAAUAGACGGUGUAACGACCAAUGGCAUCUUACUCAUGCAUAUGGAUUGUGGUAAAUUUAACAGCGGUGCUAGACCAACAAAGUGGAAAGAAAUAUCCGUUGGUGGAAGGGUCUUCGAUCUUAGUGAAGGACGAUUGAAAUUUAACUAUCAGUCAGCGGUAAAAUAUUUUAUAUUUUACCAAACACGUCGAUUACUUGAAAUUGAAUUGGAACAAUUGAACAGUACAAAACCACAAUGUCCUGUUGGUUUAAAUACAUUAGUAAUCAAAACGGUAUCUCCACCAUCGAAUUUUGAUGGGCAAAUACCGUUUGUUUAUGUAUCAUGCGGACAUGUACAUGGAAAUCAUGAUUGGGGAGUUAAAGAAGAGUUAAAACGUGAAUGUCCAUUGUGCAGAACGAUUGGAUCCUAUAUCCCCAUAACAAUGGGUAUCGAGCCAUCAUUUUAUAUUAGCUGUAGUGACUCAACAACAACACAUUGUUUUCAACCCUGUGGGCAUAUUACAUCGGAAUCAACGGCAUUACACUGGAGUAAAAUAAAAGUGCCAUUAGGUUGUCGAGGUCUAAAAUCGAUAUGUCCAUUUUGUUCAACCGCAUUAUCCGAAGUAAAACCAUUUGUUAAAUUAAUAUUUCAAGAUUCAAUGCCAUACAAUAUAAAACAGUGA